AUGACUGUGUCACGGCUUUGUACAGGGUUCUAUGUCGACGAUUUGGUUGUGGGAUGCACGUCAGAACCCGACGCCCUUCAAGUGUAUGGCGACACCAUUGACAUACUCCAGGAAGCCGGUAUGGAUAUACGGAAAUGGACUUCAAAUUCAUCCGCACUUCGCGAGCGGUUUCUGUCGGACGAGGUUUCCUACGACAACGCAUCCGAUGGCAACGCAACAAUCAAGGUGCUGGGCUUGUUGUGGGACCGGGACACAGAUAGUCUCACCUUUUCGGUCAAACGAGCACUCACGUUGUCUGCGUCCCAUCCUCCUACGAAACGUACGGUGCUCAAGACAUUCUCCCUCAUCUAUGACCCGCUCGGCUAUCUCGCACCCUUCAUCGUAACCGUCAAGCUCCUGUUUCAAAAUUUAUGGCGCAAGUCGUUGCCAUGGGACGCUGAGUUUGCAACGGAAGAUCUUGUGGUCUGGGAGAAAUGGAAGGCUGAACUGUCAGGCAUCGAUGCGUUGCACCUGUCGCGUAGCGUCUUUCCGCAGAGCAAGGCCCUGCUUGAUGUGCAUUGCUUCGCCGACGCUAGUCCCAAGGCCUACGGCACAACAGUAUACGUUCGCAGCCGCCCCAAUAACGGCACGACUUCUACGCGGUUGCUUUUAGCGAGAGCCCGUCUAGCUCCAUUGAAAGAACUCUCGUUGCCGCGUCUCGAACUGCUGGCAUGCCUGCUGUCCACGCGUCUUUAUCGCCAUAUCUCGACGGUAGAAGCCUUAAAGGCUGCCCCCGUUCACUUCUGGACGGAUUCAAGCAUCGCGCUCCAAUGGAUUCAGUGCGACACGAACACUCGCCCCUCCUUUGUCAAGUCGAUGGUGGCAAAAAUUUUAUCGUCUUCACGACCGGAACAAUGGUGGCACUGCAACGGACGCGACAACCCCGCAGACCUAGUGACCCGCGGCAUCUCCGCCAGGUGCCUACGGAACAGCCCGCUGUGGUGGAGUGGUCCUCCCUGGCUGUCCGCAGGCGAUAUCGGCCCUCCUACAAUUCCAGACCCAAAUGUCAACGACACCUGCACGACGGUGAGCGCUGCACCGGAAGCUCCCAAUACCGAAGUGGUCGUUCAUCCAGUGUCGGCUACGCAGAACUGGAUGGACCUCUCAGCUUACAGCCAUAGGUCGGCAUUUUUCGAAAUAUUCAUUCAACAUCACAUCAUGUCCGGCCUAGCCCACAGCCCAUAA